AUGGAGCUAGUCGCGACCCUCGUCGUGCUGGUAGAGCUAACCAAGGAGCUGGCCAUGAUGAUAGACAACAGCAUCACUACCGAAUCCAACCAUACCAGCAACAAAGCCAAUACCAAAUCCAACACUACCACCACCAGAGCAACACCACCCUCGCUUGUUACCUCUGUCACGACACCGGACACAUUCAACGAAGACCGCAAUAUCGACCCAGGGAGCCUUCUUGAACAAAUCGAUCUCGGGAUUCUUGUUGCUGCUCUAGCUAGCGCUCUUCCCGAUAGGGAUGGCGAUAUCCCUAUGCGUGACUUCGACUUCAUCGAGUCGUAG